UGCACUCAGAUGAAGUUGUUUUUGGAGAAGAUAACAAGCUCAGGGGGCCGAGUUGGGAGAUUGGUAUGGUGUACUGAGAGCGCACAGAGCGUGCUAGAGACACCGCUGUGCCUGCCGUACACACGAGCAGGAGCCAUCCCCCAUAUCGUCCAGUCCGUGUACCAGGACCUCAGCCCCCGACCCACAGCCGCCAUGCUGACCCUUCCUUCUCUGUACGAGCUUCCUGGUUCAGCGGUUCUGAAGGAAUACGAUUAUGGAAUACACAACUUCCUCAACAUGAAGGACCAGUUUCUCUACCUGUCCAUCCAAGACCCCCACUGCCCCCCUCGUAGUGGAUUUAACGAGGAGAAGAGUACCUCAGUGUGGACCAAUGGCGGAAGAAUGAAGGUGUCGGUGGCUGGAUACAUGGAGUUUGUGAGGGCGUCUCGACCAAACGUCUUUGAGAGUCUGUGUGACAGUGUGUCCUCACAGACAAACAAACUGAAGAGAGUGAGAAAAUCGGUCGACCGAACGCUGAGGUUUCUGGACCAGACCUUGGCUAUGAGACAGAACUGUCAGGUGUUGGAAGAGUGUGGGUUACUGGGGGCAGUGGUUGGAGGAGAUGUGUAUGAAGAGAGAGUCAGAUCUGCCACAGAGACUGUCAAAAGACCAGUGGAUGGUUUCGUCAUAGAGGGGUUUGACUUGGAGCACAGCCAUGAGUGUUACCAGUCAAUUCUCCAGUCGGCCACCAGUGUUCUGCCUCAGUCUAGUCCAAGAUUCAUUCAUGGAGUCUACUCACCAGGUAAAGCUCAUGCAUGAUUACUCUUGAAAUCGUCUCUGAUUUUAGCACUCCAUGCACACUGACUGCCUGCAUUCACCAAACUUUUACACGCAUUGUGAGUCAAUGCUAUACAGUUAAUUGUAUAUACCUGCUGGUGGUUGAUUUUCUCCUCAUGUCUCCAGGGGAUAUUUUGACAGCAGUCGAGAGUGGUGUUGACGUGUUCGACAGUGCCUGCGUCCUGACUGCAACUGAGAACGGCUGUGCCUUCACCUUCCAUAACUCCAGUUCAGACUGUGUUGAGAAUCGAAGAGAGAAUCGUGGUGCCACUGAAAAUAUCGCGGCGGAGCCCCCAUCACAUCAAAUAGACUUAAACGACGAAAAGUAAGGCAAAAAAAUCUUGAAUGUGGGUGCAACGCUUGUGUUUAGGUAUGCCAUGGAUUUUUCUCCACUUUUGAGAGGCUGCGAGUGCUACUGCUGUGUUCACCACACCAGAGCUUACAUUCACCACCUCUUGAUCACCAGGGAAAUACUGGCCAGCACUCUGCUCAUGAUGCAUAAUUUCACACAUCUUAUGAAGUUCUUUGCCAGCCUCAGGGACGUUCUUAGGUCACCUUUAGAAUCUGACUAUCUCCAUUUCAAAUCAUUGUGUGCCUUUCCCGAGCAUUUUCUUCACGCUUGAGAUG